GUUUUAGCCACUCGCUGAACAGAAAUGUAGGGCAGAUGAAACUGAAAGAAGGAGGGGGCGAACAUGGGAUAGGGUGAUGUUUCCCUUUUGAAAGCUCAAAGUUAACAGCUGAAGAUAUUCAAUGUCAUGCCACGUAGAGAAAGUCUAAAAUGUUUCUCUAGUUUUGUAGACUCUCACUGAUCAAUCAUUGUUCUGCGUACUUGACAAACAAAUCAAAGGAACCUCAAGGCGGCGGGGUAUAGUUUCACUCGGAAUUUAUUCCAAACCGGACAAUAAAUAUGCUAUCGUAGCUGCAAAGAUUUAAGGAUAACGAUGGAGACUCAAUGAAUAAUAUCUAUGUUUCAGUGAUCUUGGUUAUUAUUUACAAUUAAGUCAUAUCAGAGACGUGAAAUAUAUAGAGUUCACAGGUGUGAGUUGAAUGAAUAUGGAAUCCGGCCGGCGGAAAGGUCUCAGCAGUAUCCUGUCUUCCUUGUCGCUUCUCUGUGUUAUUCUGGACCUCCAGUUGGAUGGUGUCUUGGGAGCCACUCAUGUAGAGAUUGAGCAGCACUUGGAGAUGGGCCGUAAGCUGUUGGCAGCUGGUCAACUGGCGGAGGCUCUAUCCCACUACCACUCUGCCGUGGAGGGGGACUCCAAGAACUACCUAACUUAUUACAAGAGGGCAGCUGUGUUCCUGGCCAUGGGGAAGUCCAAGUCUGCCCUGCCAGACCUGACCAGGGCCAUCCAGCUCAAACCAGACUUCCUGGCUGCCAGACUACAGAGGGGGAAUAUCCUCCUGAAACAGGGAAACACCCAAGAGGCUAAGGAGGACUUCCAGGCAGUUCUGCAGCGCUCCCCUGACCAGGAGGAGGCGCAGGACCAGCUCCUGAGAGCCAACGAGCUGGAGGAGCUGAGGGAGGAGGCGCACGCUGCACACCACAGAGGAGACUACAGCACCACCAUCAGUGUGCUGGACAGAGUCAUCGAGCUGUCCUCAUGGGACCCUGACAUGAGGGAGCUCCGAGCGGAAUGCUACAUCCGGCUUGGAGAACCUCGGAAGGCCAUCCAGGACCUCACGCCCACGGCACGGUUACGGAAUGACAACCGCGCCGCCUUCUUGAAGCUUAGCACGCUCCACUACAGCCUCGGGGAGCACCACGAGUCACUCAACCAUGUACGGGAGUGUCUGAAGCUGGACCAGGACGAUAAGGAGUGCUUCUCUCACUACAAACUGGUGAAGAAGCUGAGCAAGCAGCUGGACGUUGCUGAAGAGCUCAUCCAUGAGCAAAGGUAUCAAGACGCGAUUGACAAGUAUGAGUCAGUGAGGAGGACUGAGCCUAAUGUACCCUUCUACACAAACUUGGCCAAGGAGAGAAUCUGCUACUGCCUUGUCAAGAACAAGAUGGCACGUGAGGCGAUAGAUGUGUGCUCCGAAGCCCACCAGAGAGACCCCCGCAACGUCAACAUUCUCAGAGACCGGGCCGAGGCCUUCAUCAUGAACCAGGACUAUGAGAAAGCGGUAGAGGACUACCAGGAGGCGAGGGAGUUUGAUGGAGACAACAAUGAGAUCAGGGAAGGUCUGGAGCGGGCCCAGAAACUCCUCAAACUCUCACGGAAGAGAGACUACUAUAAGAUUCUGGGCGUCAAUAGGAAUGCCAACAAACAGGAAGUCAUCAAGGCGUACAGGAAGCUGGCCCAACAAUGGCACCCUGACAACUUCCAGUCAGAAUCCGACAAGAAAGAGGCAGAGAAGAAGUUUAUCGACAUUGCCUCGGCCAAAGAGGUCCUCACCGACCCAGAAAUGCGCCAGAAGUUCGAUGCGGGCGAGGACCCCUUGGAUCCCGAGAGCCAGCAGGGGGGAGGCGGGGGGGGCCAGGGGGGCCAGGGCUGGCCCUUCCACUUUAACCCCUUUGAGUCUGGUGGCAACUACCACUUCAAAUUCCAGUACAACUAGUGUUGAUUUAAUAUAUGAACAACAACAGGGGAGGAGACAUAGUAGGACAACAAACCGGAAUGAAUCAAAGGUCUGAUGAACAACCAAUGGAGGAACUCUGGAAAGACCCAGGGGAUGUGCUCCAGGUAAGAUAUAGGAUUUUGUGGGUAACUGAGGACUGGAAGAACAUGUCUUGGUGUUGGACGACUAUGUGGCCAAAGGCCAAGUUGUAUGAAGAAAAAAAUGUCCCACCGACAAUGCUACAUGGACUGAAAUGACGAGUGCUUGACAGUUGAAGACUGAAGAGUGAAAGUCCUGCAUUGAUGCCCUGUUCAGUCAUCAAAACAGACUUGGGAGUUUCCUCAAAUGCUUCAUAGCACCAAACGCCUCUUUAUUUCAUAGACGGGACUCGAGAGGAUUCUGGUGUUAUUCUGCAUUUGACACCCUAUCUCCAGGUUGUUGGAGCCUUCGUUGCAGCUCUUACCUUCCAAAUAUGUUUUGUUUGGGAUGUCUGCACUUGCUUUGUUUGUGCCAUGUUUCACCCUUCCCUUUUAAUGAGGUUUCUUAUGUUAGACUUGUAUGCACUUCCUUUUCUUCAGUCUGGUACAAUAUUCAGAGCCGUUGGGUUAUUUUAAAGGAGACGUGAUUGUCCUUUUUACAUAGAUAAGGUGGUAUAGUUCUGUUUGAUCUGUAAAGCUCUAAAUAUAGCACCUAACUGAAUAGGCACUCUUCCACAGGCUUAUUGAAAGCAUGUAUGGUGCAGGAGUGCGAUGUUUGCAUUACUCUUGUUUGCAUUCAUUUCAAAGCACAUCUUUGAAAACUAGCACUUUCUUU